AUGACGCGGCGCGGCGAGACAUGUCACCAAGGCACUCGAAUGCAACACCAGUACAUCCUCAAUGGCUGCGAGAAGAAGGACAGGCCUGCGUUGAAGCCCAUGUGCGAUGAGUGGGACGAGUGCCGCAUUCAGGACCCGGAGUCCAUCAUGCGGGUCAAGAACACGGCCAAACAGGUGGCAGAGGUUAUCAACGAAUUUGCUGGAACCAUGAGCCUUCAUGCCUGGUGUUUCUUCUUUGGCAUCUUGCUUCUCUGCCUCGGACUCAACGCCUGGAGCCAUGUGCAGAUAGGAACGAGCGCCAAGGCCGUGCACCCCGUUCCUUCCAAUGCAGCAGCCGACGUGGGCCACCACCCGCAGCCCUCGGGAUUCCCAGGCGACUCAGCGCAGGCCUACAUGUGGGUGCCGAUACAGACGCCAUCUCAUCGCCGGCAGCUCGACUUUGACGCCGACGGAACAGACACGGAUGGCGCAUCACCGCCGUUCCGCAAGACUAUUCUGCCGCCCCCGCAAACACCGUCGAGAAGGAGUCCAAGUAAGGGAGACUACAGCCGAAGUCCGGUGAAGUACGGGCGAUCCCCGAGUAAGGGCUAUUGA